AUGGCGGAAAAAGGCAGGGUCGAUGAUGCAAUUGGACAUCUGCAAAAGUGUAGGCUGGCAUUUAUGGCUGCGAAAAAGGAGGAAGUCAAUGCAACGGCUCGGCAGCUACUACUAACAGAAAUGCUUGAUUAGACUUGAGUCUGUAGUGAAGAUACAAAGCAUGAGUGAUGGCGUCCUGCGAGCGGUCUUUCUGAGCAGUGAUGCAAGGAAGUGGUUGCAAAAAAGCCGUAAAUCUCAUUAUCUAA